AUGGAUUACUAUAGCAGAAAAUAUUUUGUUCAACAUGUUCUUCAAGUUGCAAGGCACAUUCAUUUUGAGAUCCUUAAACUUUCACAUGAACUUAAUCAAGCAUAUACUUAUCAAAUUCUAUUAGACUUAAUAGUGCAAUUUUUAUUAAUACUUUGUACACUUUAUAAUUUAUAUUUUUAUUUAAAAUCAUUCAACAUAUCAGAACCAUUAUCAAAUAUAGGAAUUAUAGGAUUUUUAAUAUGGAUUUCUCUGAAUUUAAUAAAAAUUAUUUUUAUAAAUAAUCAUUGUACUAAUUUGUAUCGUGAGAUACAAAUAACAACACAUUUACUUCGACAAUUGGAAAUUUGCUAUUUAGAUAAUUCUAUUAGAGAUGAGGUGCAACAAUUUUCAUUACAAGUUCUUCUUCAUCCUUUAAAAUUUACUGCUGGUGGUUACAUUCUUAAUAAUAAAUUAUCAACAAUGUUUUUUGGUAAUAUAAUGACUUCUAUUAUUAUAUUAAUACAGAUAAACAUAACAAUUAAUGCACUUAAAAACUUAUUAUGGAUACCAAAAAGUCAAUAUGCUUCGCUAAUACAUAUCAUUAUUUUUAAUGAGAUAUUUGGUCUACGAGUAUUUGAAUGGAAAAAACGAUUACAAUAUGGCUGGAGCAUACUAUAUGUUGAAAUGGAAUCUCAAAAUCAAGUUUGUCAAAUAAAAUAA